GUAGAAGGUGGAGACGCGGGAGGUCUCAACACUCGCGAAAAGGAUUCAAACUCCGGGAUCGACGACCGUUUUUAAAAUAUUCUGAUCGAGUACUAAACCGCGAUGGACGACGAGGAGGGUUCGUCGAGUUCGGGUCCGAUGUCGUCCCUGAACAGUUUGUUCUCGUUCACAAGUCCGGCGGUAAAGAAACUGCUGGGAUGGAAGCAGGGCGACGAGGAGGAAAAAUGGGCCGAGAAGGCGGUCGACUCACUUGUGAAGAAACUGAAGAAACGAAAGGGCGCGAUCGAGGAGCUCGAGCGAGCUCUGAGCUGCCCUGGGACGCCUAGCAAGUGUGUGACGAUACCUCGGAGCCUCGACGGACGGCUCCAAGUCUCGCACCGGAAGGGCCUGCCGCACGUAAUCUACUGCCGGGUGUGGCGAUGGCCGGACCUGCAGUCGCACCACGAGCUCAAACCCCUCGAGCUCUGCCAGUACCCCUUCUCGGCGAAGCAGAAGGAGGUCUGCAUCAACCCAUACCACUACAAACGCGUCGAAAGUCCGGUUCUCCCGCCCGUCCUGGUCCCCCGACACUCCGAGUUCGCCCCGGGCCACUCGCUCCUUCCGUUCCAGCAGCUUCCGGAGCCGACAAUGCCGCACAACGUCUCCUACUCUUCGAGCGGUUUCAACUCGGGGACGGGCGUCGGCGUGAACCCGACGUCCCCGCUCUCCUCCGUCGGUUCGGUGCCCAGUCCGGGCAGCACGACAUCGCCCAACCCGCAGAGUCCUUACGGCAGUAACGGCCUGCCGGAAACACCACCGCCGGCUUACUCCCCCCCGGAAGACGGCUCGCAACACGGACAGUCACCGCCUCCGGACGCCUCGGCGAUGGACACGAGUGGCUCCGCCGAGGUAGCACCCGUUUCGUACCAGGAGCCACCGUACUGGGCAUCGAUAGCCUACUACGAGCUGAACUGCAGGGUCGGGGAGGUCUUCCACUGCCAGUCGCACUCCGUUAUCGUCGACGGAUUCACCAAUCCGAGCAACAAUUCUGACCGGUUUUGCCUCGGACAGUUGUCGAAUGUAAACAGAAAUUCGACCAUUGAGAAUACCAGGAGGCACAUAGGAAAAGGGGUUCACCUUUACUACGUAGGCGGCGAGGUGUACGCCGAGUGUCUAUCCGAUUCAGCCAUUUUUGUACAGUCCAGGAAUUGUAAUCACCAUCACGGAUUUCAUCCCAGCACCGUAUGCAAAAUACCCCCAGGAUGCUCGUUGAAGAUAUUCAACAAUCAGGAGUUCGCACAGUUACUGUCGCAGAGCGUUAAUCAUGGAUUUGAGGCCGUCUAUGAGCUGACCAAAAUGUGCACUAUCAGGAUGUCCUUCGUCAAGGGUUGGGGUGCUGAAUACCAUCGCCAAGAUGUCACCUCGACUCCGUGCUGGAUCGAAGCGCAUCUUCACGGUCCUCUUCAGUGGCUAGAUAAAGUUUUAACCCAAAUGGGUUCUCCCCACAACGCAAUAAGUUCCGUGUCGUAGACGUUAUUCGAAACUUGUCGUUUGCACGCGUUCGGCGAAGUAAUCGCAUGCGUAUCCGGUCAGAGAAACGCCGCCUAGACUUCCGUCAUCCUUAGAAAUUUAUUUUCCAAAUACCCUAACUGAUAGAAAGAAACUAAUGAUGAUCCUCCAGUGAGUACGUGGUGUGACGGAAAUAGAAAAAAGGAAAAAUCACAGAUCAAUGACGCGCCAAUGAGUAAUUGAAAUUAACUUUACAAUUUUAUUCAAUUAUAUAGUAUAUAUGAUAGGGCAUAAGAUAUAUAAAAAGAGAAACAA